GAGAGAGGAGAGGGAGCGAGUGAGGGAGUGAGUGAGUGAGUGCGCCGUGUGCUGUGGCUUAUCCUUGUCCUAUGCGGAUUUCAGCACGGACUGUCUGCUGGAGCGACUCGCAGCAUCAGCAGUAGUAGGCCGGGCUUUGGUCGCAGACAUCCCUACACGCGCUUCCCGGGAAAACCGCCUCACUGUUCGGCUGCUCUCGGAUGUUAGCCGGCUAUCGGCACGAGAGGGGAUAACUGUGCUCGCCCCGGUUACAGGAUCUCAAAGGAGGGGGAUUAUCGGGACUUGGAGAGGAGGUAUCAGAGAGGCGGGGAUGCUGAGUGUACGAGGCGGGAGAUGAGCGAUGGCCAAGGUAAGCUGCACGUCGUUGAGAUGAUCCGGGGGUUAGUUCUCUGGACUCUCGACCGUGAAAAAUGAUCCUUUUUGAUAGGUAUUAAUACGAACAACAAUGUAACUAGCUGUGAUACCCAGCUUAUGUCUGCCUCUGUUGUUGGUCUUGUGCUACGCAUGGCCACCGCAUGGAGCCCACAUGUGUGUGUAAGGUGCGAGUGUGUCUGUGUGUGGGGAGACUGAGUAAUGUUAUGCAUAAUGCAGACCCACUAUGGGCGCCCUCCUCCACUCUAUCGCCACCUGAAAUGUACAGUACACCUGCUGCCAGAGCACGCAUGCGCAUGUCGAAACGUGGCCAACGGAGUGACGUUGUUAUCUAGGUUUGAGCAAUUUGACGCAUCUGAGGGGAUUGGAGCCUUUCUGUUAAACCCAGUAACACCUCGGUAGCUCACGUUGAUAGGCUAACCGCCGAAAUAUAGGUGUUAUUUUUCACUUCCAGGGGUAGGGCCUAUCUUAAGCAGAUAUUUUGUUACGUUGCUCUCAUAUAUUUACAACUACUACACCUUGGCUCUCUGGGAGUGAACCUCACGACUUCGAUGAUUUCAUCAGUUGAUUUUCAGGCUGGUUGUGGCCCCAGAGUAAAUUUAAGUCACCACAACCAGAUGAGUCACUUAGAGCUUGUAUCCAUGAAUCAGAAAAUGUGUCCAUAUCCCGCUGUAAGCGCCGUGGGUGCUCUCAUAUAUGUUGCAUUAUUCACAGCUGCUCCACAGUGUGUCUCUGUAUGACUUGAAAACUAUCAUGUAGCUACUGCAUGCAAAAUAAAAACAAACAAAUUGUGAAGCGUGUCAGUGAUUUCUGGUACUCCAAGGUGGAGUAUAUUCUGAUAGCUUAAGAUACCCAUUAUUGUUUGUGGAUUUAUUCCCCCAACCUUCAGAAUCAGAAAUACUUUAAUAAUCCCCAGGAGGAAAUUGCUUUUGGUCACAGUACUCCAGUGCAAAUACAGUAAAAAAGAGGAGAUACACAAUAGAUAAAAUAAGUAAAAAUAGAGAUAAAAUAAGUAAAAUAAGCAAAAAUAAGGAGAUAAUAUACAAAUAUUUACACUAUAAACAACAUAAAUAGUAACAUAGUAUGCAUGUAAACAGUGAGCAGAGUCCAGGUAAAGACUACUGACUGAGGGUGUCAGAGUCUCUGAGGGAGGAGUGAAAAAGUCUGAUGACCACCGGCAGGAAAGAUUUCCUGUUGCACUCCGUGGUGCAUCGUGGAGCGAGGAGCCUUCUGCUGAAGGCGCUCCUCUGCAGGACCAGUUCACUAUGAAGAGGGUUAGCGACAUUGUCCAGUAUGGAGUGGAGCAUGGACAGCAUCCUCGUCUCUGAUACGGCCAGCAGGGAGUCCAGCUCCAACCCCACAACAUCACCGGCCUUUUUGAUCAGUUUGUUGAGUCUGUUGGAGUCAGCGACUACACUUAGGCAACUUUGAGCAUCCUAAACUUUUUUAAGAGCUCAUCACAUCAGAUUAUGUCUGCAAAGUAAAGAUCAGUACUUCUUUAGGUGGAAUGGUGUAGUAGUAAAGAUUGUAGAAGUCUGUUAUCUGUGUAAGUCUGUGACAUUCACUCAAAUAGUUUUACUCAGGUAUAGCUGUGGCACAUUAAUACCUUGCUCAAGGUUUCUAUUUGACACUUCCAUGUAAUUUUAUUUUAAGCGUAACUAUGAAUCUUUUUACACAUUAAGAUUUACCAAACAUCUCUGCACAUUUUUAUCAAGGUUUUACAACAUAAGUUUAUGAUGAUGUUUAUGAAGAUGAUGAUCUGUUAAAGAUUACAUUGGCUUACUGAACUUAAAUAACAUUUUCUCCAAUGUUGCCAGUAAUAUUAAGUGGAAUAAUGCACGCAAAGAUCACUGGAACAAGUUGUUACCCCAAUACGACUGUCUGUUCUGUGCAGUGUGCAGGAUGGUAGCCUCUGUCUAAGAGCACUUGCUUCUAUGUAGGUAAAUUAGGCAUAUUCACAGUGAACCAAAAGAAAAGGAUCUCUAUACUACGGGGAUCCUUUUCUAAAUGUGAGAUACUUAUUGAUGUUUUUUUGCAUUUUGACCAAGAUCGCUGCACUAAAAGCCAGUUAGACAGCACAUGCACCUCUAACACCGUUGGGGACAUUUUUUUGUAUAUUGAUGUGUUUAAUACAUGACAGAAUGAAUGGGAAUGAUCUUCUCUUCCCACUGCUUGACCACAGACAAAAGCCACACUGAGUGUAUCAGAGUUGGAAUGAUUUGGUUUAUCAAGAUAACAAUUCAUAAUGUAAUCAGAUUUAUGCAAACACAUCAGUCAUAGGUAAAAACAUAGCCACGAAUGGCUGAUUUAUUGAAUGAUUUAAGAGCUGUUUGGGAGCUGAAAGAGCCAGCUCUUGUCAUUGAUAAGCCAAGUGACCUGGAUCACUCUUAAAGCUGGGAUUCCUAUCAGAAAUAUGAACAUAAAUCUUCACCUUUGCCACCAAUUUGAGCAAAAGAUUUGCCAUAUAGAAUUUCUAUUGUCCUCUGAGUUAUGGAUACAGAGAUCAUGUUACUCCCGCAAUCUGAAUGAUCACUUGUGGGUUAAGGGUCAGGUAUAAAAAGAGCAAAGAUUUAAAAAACCUCAUCUCAUACAGGAGACCUUUCAUAACCUUUGUAUGUUCUUGCAUAUCUGUGUGUGUGUGUUGUGUGUCUAUCCAACCCAAGGCUGAAGAUGAUCUUGCAGAAAAGUGAUACACGGUUGAAGUUGCUGAGCUUCACUCCCCUCAUGCCCUUCAUUCUUUAUUUUCUCUCUGUCUCUCUCUCUCUCUCUCUCUGUCUUUUUAUGCCCCCCACACACACACACACACACACUCCCUCUGUGUCUCUUGCACAUAAAUCCUCGCCUCUCGUCCACAGAGUUUGUGUCUGUGUCCCGCUGUGUGUCUCAGUUGCCCAGUGCUUCUGCUGAUGUUUGCUUUUCGGCAGGAUGAGGCAUCCAGUGACUCGUCCCAGUGUGGCAGCAUUGUGAGCUGUCAUGAAGCAGCAGGAUACAAUGACAUGGAGAGUGACUUCAAAAAGAAUGCACACGAGUCCAUGUUUGUAAAAUAUAUUUGUUUAUGUUGGAAGUUGUGAUGAUAGCAUAAGCUGCUAGCUACGGUAUGAGACCGACAGUGCGAUCUCCGGUUUCUGCUGUCUUUGAGACCUACUGUCCUUGAACAACAGUGAACCAAAGAGUUUUGUCAAUAGAGACUGGACAUAUUAUCUCUGCCCUUUUUUGUUUUCUUCAUGAGCAGGAUUAAAAAAAAAAUACACUUCCCUGAAAGAACAAUACCCUAAGGAUUGCUAGUUGUAUUCAGGGUCUAAAAUUCCAUUUGGGGGAAAUUCUCGGGCAGCUUUGCGCCAUGUGGCAGCGAAAUGUUAGAACCACAUUUAGUGUAAUGAAAAAAAUGUAUAUAUUUUUGGUUACUGCGUUACCACAUUUUGGCAAAUUCUCUUUCCCGGUCCUCUAGUGUCUGUGAGCCAGGAUGACACAUGCAAAUUUACUGCAAAUGUCACAGGGGAUAUGCUGAGUUGUAUAGUCUUAGAUAUUUUGUGUACACAAUACUUGAUUCUAUGCAAGCCAAGAACAGCAAUAAUUCAUGACUUUUACAGUUUAUGGGUACUGUUAGAAAAAGAAAAGAUAGUGGAGCACUAGUUUACUCCACCAUAAAUCGAAUCUGUGAAAAUUAUGGGGUUAAUGUAGGAGCUCUUUGGAACCAUUCCUUUAAAAAUUCUUUGUCGCACAGGAACCUCAGUGACUCUCCUGUGUUGCUCUCUUUGUUGUUGGCAACACUGCUUCAUGAAUUAUAUUCAGAUUAACAUUGAUUAACAAUUGAUCAAUUAAAUUAAUUCUGUUUCAGGUUUUUUCCUAGGAGUAAAACGUGAAUUUUGGAACCUGGUGUCUGUAUUAUUCAAAAUAUCAGUCAUGUUAAGGCUAGUAUGUCAUAGUCACAGUAUGCUCUCUUCACAGUUUCUUUACUACCAGAAUAACCCAAGCGGACAUCAAUCCCCUUCCAUUGGGUUGUACAGUCUCUGUUGUAGUGAUUGUUUGCCUUCUUUACUGUGGACUUGAAAUACGCCUCUACACCUGUGUCAGAGUGUUUUACUGAUCACGAGAAUGUCAGGUUUUUCAUUUUCAAUAUUCAACAUAGAUAAACGUUACAUUUGGUGUGUCUCAUAAGACACCCUUCAGCCAUUUUAUAAGUCAGCCAUUUUUGGACAGAAAAUGAUCCCAAACACAGAAACAAGUGUCUUUUAGACAAACUUUAUCAGAAGGAUUUCUGAAUUUGAAACAUUACACUAUCUUUGACAGUUUAGUGAUUGAGCAACUGAUGUGUUGCAGUUAAGGUUAGAAAAGACGUUCAUGCUUCAGUCUGAUAGAGAACGAUUUGUGUCAGCAGCAGCUCAGUCCCAGGCUGAGAAGAAAGUAUCACAGGAACCAGUAAUGAUCAAUUCCCUGGUGUCCCCUCUGAGAUAUGAAUUUGGAAGAGAAAAAUAGGCUGUGUGCACAGACAGCUGUGUGUGUGUGAGUGUGUGUGUGUGCGUGCGUGCGUGUGUGGAUGGGAAUGUGUGUGAUUUGGCCUAAAUAACUUAAGCUACCAAGAAGUUCAUCAGACACCUGAGUGCCUAAGAUUUUGUAUGACCCACUUCCUGAGAGGGUACCAAUCCUAAGUCCCUCACAUCAUCACUAUUAUUAGUUCUUGAUCAUAUUGCUUAGUGUUCAGCAAUCAACCAAUUAAUCUUGACUAAGAAAAAUACCAAGUCUUAGCAAACGUUAUCUUAAGAUGCUUUUCAAAAGAGCAGAUCUGACUGUACUCUUAUCCGACUCUUCAGAAAUCGGAAGUCGGAGCUGGGAAUGACGUUACACCCGAGUUAUCAGCGUUUCAGUUACAAAGUCGGAAAAAAGUAGUGUUUUCUAAUGCCAAAACAACAUCAUUGAUCAUCCUCUCAAUCACCCAUAAAGGGUCGAGUUGGCUAUCAGCACAAACCGUCACCAACACUCGGUUAACGCCCUUUGAGGCUCGUUAACUGAUUACCAUUUUAAUUGUUGGUUAAAAAAUAUUCAGAAAAUUCAUAAUUUGUGCAUCCAUAAUCGUAAGGUCAUUAACUACAUCAUAGGAUACUUACUAUAACCCUUCUACACAUUAACAGGUCACUGAAAAACACCAGGCUACAGUUAGCCGUUGUUAGCACAGCCUGCUUUGUAGUUCAUAUACACACAGGAAAAAUGUAGAUAACACUAUGACAGCAGUUCCAUAUAUUGUCUAAUAAUGCUAUUGUAUACAGCUGACUUAUUGUGACAAUAAAUAGUAAAAUUGUUGUUUUUAGCCUCUGUGAGGCACCUUGAAUUGCAUUUUUUUUCGUAUGAAAAGUGCCAUAUAACUUAAGUUGAAUAUGAAUUUGAAUUUAAAAAAUGUUAACAAAAGUAUUAUAACAGGAGCUUCUACUUACUGUUUACAACCAGCACCGCCAUCUUUAAAUGUCAACUCGGGGGUUGUGUGGAUUGUCUGACUUUCCGAGUCAGAAAUACGACCUUUCGCUGCAACUGUGUCCAGAUGAAGAUUAGGAAAGAGAGAGAUGCUAAAUUUGUGUUUCAGAGAUUAUCACUGGAUGAAUCCAUUGUGCAUACAAGAUAAUAAAGCUUCUUUCACAUGAAAGUAACAAGAAUGUACUAAAUAAUCACUUCUUCCAACAAUAUUAUAUCCUGUGUGCACAAAUUACUUAUUCUUCAAAGGUGAUCACUCAUAUGCACAAAUACUAACAUUACCACAGAGGAUGAUCCUAUUGUAUGCACAAGAUAAAAACUUAUUCCUACAAGAUGAUUCUAUUAUGUGCAUUUAGGAUGAACUUUACCCCAUAAAAUGAAUCCUUUCUACCUUAAGAUAAUGACGUGUGCACAAGUUCAUAAUUUGGCCCCCAGAAUUAUUAGAUUAUUAGCACCAAGAAAUAUAAGUUAUUUUGCAUGCACAUUUUUAAAAAAAGGUGGCUUCAGGGAAUUUAUACAACACUGACUUGCAGCAAACUUUUUGGCAUCCUGCUAUCCAUGUGACCCCAUGAACUUAGGCUUUAAAAAACUUAAGAACCUAUGACAACUGUGUAGCCCUCAGCUGUAUUUGCUUUUAGUGUGAAUUAGCAAACAUUAGCGUGCUAACAGGCCAAACUAGGCCAAACAUGGUGAAUAUUGUAACAGCUGAGAUAGAAAUUGUAUCUGUGAUUAUUAUUCAUUAUCACUUACAGAAUCUGAAGCCUUUGUUUACAUGCCAUGAAUUAUGGGACUUGUAGUGCCUGAUAACAGAGACUAAGAGUGUCUCAAAAACGCUGUGGUGUUGGGCUUUGAAACCAAAUAAUACCUAGAAAUAGUUCAAGAGUAUAAAUGGCUGAUGGACUCUUAUUUUUUCAGUAAUAUUUUGUGUUUUCCUCUUCCUUCCAGCGGCGUCCUGAUAGAGAAGAGGAGCCUUCAUCACCAUAGCUACCUCUCCUCUCCUCUCCUCUCGUCUCUUCUCUCCUCCUCUAGUCCACAUCCCUCCUCUCAUCCCCUCUCUCCACCUGUUGAGAGUUUGUUUUUUCUGCCUAUCCCUCCACAUCCUCCAUCAUCUGUCACCAUGACAACCUCAGCCCUACGUCGGCAGGUGAAGAAUAUUGUGCACAACUAUUCAGAGGCGGAGAUCAAGGUAUUAUAAAUGCUCUCUUUAAGUGCUGUUGUUGUUCUGCAGCCAUUUUGUGGUAACCUGAGAUGAAAGGUUAACUCCUAAUGUUGAUUUUUAAUUGUGUUACAUCAACACAACAGAAAUCCUGAUGACUCCUAUUUCUACCAUUUGACUCUGUAUGCUAUAAAUGAUUUGAUUUGAUAAAUGAUUUAAAUGCCUCAUGAUUCUUUUACUUUGGACGUCAUUGAACUUGAUAUUCAUACCAUGUAAUUUUGAAAAGAAUCAUUGUUUCCCUUCCGGUUAUGUGUAGGUCCGUGAGGCCACCUCGAAUGAUCCGUGGGGCCCGUCCUCGUCCCUCAUGUCUGAAAUUGCUGACCUGACCUUUAACGUGGUGGCGUUUGCUGAGGUCAUGGGCAUGGUAUGGAAACGCCUCAAUGACAGCGGCAAGAACUGGAGACAUGUCUACAAGGUGACUGAAUGAAACACCCCAAUUUCUAUCAGAUUUUAGCACGCAGUUCAACAAACCAUCCUUGAUUCUUCAGUUUCUCAAUUUCCACUGAACAACGCUUUCCUUCCUUCAUCUGUCUUGUCUCUUAUCUUUACUAACUCCCUAAUAAUAACUUUCUUCUCCUUUAUAAGCACACUGCACCUUCACACCUCUGCCCUCUAUUUGUACUUUUGAAAGUCUGAGAGUUUGUCGAAAAGCCUCAGCCAGUGUUAGUUUUGAGCCAUGCUGGUGCAGAGCAGCUUUCAGGAAGGCUCCUGUGGUCGGUUGAUAACUUGGCACCUAUACGCGUAAUUGUUAUAAAAUUUUGUGCAGACACUGACACUCUGAAUUGGUUGAGUUUUUAGUCUUUUAAUAGAACAGUACAAAAACGCUUUCAUUUUGUUGUGAGCUUUGGUACAUACAGUACAUUUGUGGUACCCAGAGGAUGACUGUCCUAAUCCUCAGCUGCACAUUGUUUUUGUUUCUGUAUUGUUUGAUGGUUAUUUCAGGGUAUUUUAUGCCUCUGUUGAAAGAGAUUGGACUGUGGGUAAAGUAAGAUACUUGGCAGAGAGAGUAGGGAGUUACUUGCAACAAGGGGCUGCAUGUUUUAAUUAAACCUGGCCACCCACUUUGUGGACAACAGCCUCUGUACAUGGGCUGUGCUAUUAACCUGCUAAGCUAUACUUUGUUUUUUCUGUUCUUUGGUAUAUGUUGACAAGAUCAAAUGAUAAAGACAGUAGCAACGCUAAAUGCUAGAUAGCAAAAAACAUGGAUGGAGGCUCUGUGAUGUCACCCACUAAAUUCGGAGGUGUUAUGAAGCCAAAAGAUGAGUGACUGAUUACAAACUUCCUGUUUUCUAUUCACUUAACUAUGCAUAACUCUAAGCCAAUCAAAAUGAAAGAUUCACCAAUUUUAAUUUUAAAACAUUGGAAUCCUGUCCUUGUGAGGGCAUUAGCUCUCGUCAUCCAUAAGCACAACAGCACCCUGGCACUGCCAACAGGGCUGUAGUUUAUGAGACUGUGUCUGAGAAAAACCGGCUGCAUGCUUUCACCUACAGUGUCACGUACAGUUUUAGUAAAGGGCACCCAAAGUAUCCCACAGUGGAUGGAGAUGGACAGAUAUGGGUGUUCUUGGUAGCAGAGCAGUAGACUCCAGGUAGGAGCCAUGCAGGUACGCUUCAGUAUUAAAUGCAAACUAAUAAAGGAGGGAGGUUGGAGAUUUAUCUUCAGGCAUCCUCACCAGAGUCAUAGAUGGGGCAUUAAAGGGAUAUUCCAGCGUAAAAUUAAGUUAGGGUCAAACACACCAUAACACCAAGUCAGACACCCUGUCGAGAGAUGAAUGUUGCUGACUGCUUGCUUCUCUAGUUAUACCAACUUUAGUAACGACCGCAGGAUAGCAAUACGCAGAGGUCUCAAGAGCCACACACUCGACCAAAAAGCCACUCUACAGCCACAAAUGAUGCUCAGGGCAGCACCUUACUUAAUCAACAGUACAUAAAGGGUACCAGCCAUAGUACUAGCCUUUCAGCAGCCGCUUGUUUUACCGCAGCAGGGUGAAAGGAGGAACAUUUAUGACCAUUACUUUAUCAUUUCCUAGAAGUAGUAAUCACCAUAUUAAUAAUUUUGCAGUAGUUCUUCUGCCUUAGUGUCUUGGUCCAAUUGCAUUUCCAUGAAGUAAUGAUCAUAAAUGUUCUUCUUUGAGCUGAGAAACUCCGCUGCACUCUGUGAUCGACUCGUCAGGGCUCCCCCUACAAACAAGCAGCUGAAGGGGGAGAGUAGGUGAGUUGCGUUUGGUCUCUUUGCUAAAGAAAACCAGGCAAAGCUGAAAAGAUGUUUGGUGGCUAGUACUAUGGCUGGGACCCUAUAUAUACUGAUGAUGAAGUUAGGUGCUGUUCUGAAUAUUAUUUGUGGCUAUAGAGUGGCUUUUUGCAGUCAGCAACAUUCAUCUCCUGAGGGGGUGUCUAACUCGGUGUUAUGGUGUGUUUGCCCCUAACUUAAUUUUCAGAUGGAAUAUCCCUUACAGAAGCAUCGUACAACUGUCAGUCACUAAUCUGGCACUCUGCAACACGUGUGACAUUAUUAUUGUCAUAGUUCUUUAAGUAGAGAGAAUGUAGAGAGAAGUGAAGAAUUUCCACCAUAUUUUUAGUCUUAUUUAUCACUGAACCGUGCACCUAUCCGUUUGCACACCUUCCCUGAAACAAAGUGUUUGAUUUUUCAAAUUUUCUAUGACCGCCAUGUUAAGAGGUACUAAUGUUGGAGUGUGAGUGUGUUAAUCAGCAUCGUCCUGUAGGCCCUGACUCUGUUGGACUACCUGCUGAAGACAGGAUCAGAGAGAGUUGCCCAACAGUGCCGAGAGAACGCGUUCACUAUCCAGGUACUGCAGGUGAAUCUCAGAAAAAGGUGCACAACACUGAAUGAGCUUUGAUGUGGUUUAUUUUUUGUUUGGGUUAUCAUUUUUUUGUUACUUUAUCACUACAGCUAGCUCAGUAUGAUCACAUUUAAAAUUGGAAAAAUCAGUUAAUUUUCCUGAAACAAAAUUAUUGGGAUUUUUAAAAAUGCAGAAAAGAAAUUUGAUGAAAAUUAAAAAAAGCUUUAUCAAACCUAAAUCCUGAAACACAUAUUUUUUGACAUCUUCAAAACACCCAAAAGUUUACACUGUGUCUUAAAAUAUCAUGUAAAUAUCUCUGUUCUCGGUUUGGUUCAGACGCUCCGGGACUUCCAAUACGUGGACCGCGACGGCAGAGACCAGGGAGCCAAUGUGAGAGAAAAGGCCCGACAGCUGGUGUGCCUCCUUAGAGACGAGGAGAGGCUCCGCCAGGAGAGGAGUCAAGCCCUGAAGACCAAAGAGCGAAUGGCUGGAGGAGGAAGCGGCAGUGGUGGUGGCGUUUAUGGAGGUAUACCACCAUCCUAUCACCCAGGUAGGCGAACGAGCCAGCCCAGCAUGGCCGUGCUGUAUGGGGAAGAGUUCAGCCGCUCCAGAGGCUCUCCAUCCUCCUUUAAUUGUAAGUUUAACCAGCACUCCCUCUUUUCAGCUUUGUGUUUUGGAUCUUUAUUUUUGGUCUCCACAAACUCCUGAGGGAAAUAUCUGGCACUGUAGUUGCUAGAUACUCCAUUAUGUUCUCAAGCUUGUCUCUACCAGUGUCUGUCUGCUCUCUGGAGCUGAGCAGGUAGUGUACAGUAGUUUUUCAGAGCCAAAUUCGUGACUUUCUAAUCUGCUGUGUUGAAGAGAGUUUUAAACAACAUAACAAUUGAACCACAAUUUAAAAAAUUCCUGAUAAGACUCAAAUGUUAUCCUUUUGUCGCCAGUCUAAUAUAGUUUUUGUUUUCUGUGCAUCUAAAUCACUUCAAAGUCGCAAAGACUUCAUCCAGAAAAUUUCCCCCACCGUGCAUCUAAUCAAAAUAAAAGCAAUGCAUUCCUGACACUCUCAGUUGUGAGGCAAAGUGUUUAUUUAGUCACUUAUCAAGUGCACCCCAGGUCCAAAUCCUCUCAAAGAGACCAUGUAUCAUUUUCAUAGAUUUUUUCAAGUGUUAGUGACAAACCACAACCAGCUGCAGGGGUGAGGUCAGUGUGAUAUUUGCUGUGUGCCUUUUAUGCCGCUAUGAUCUUUUGCUAUCUUUAAUAGCAUAUAUAGUUUUUAUCAGCUCUUAAUCCACAAAACUGAAGAUGCAGCUAAGACUGCAGCAAACUAAGCGUACGUCCAGAAGUACCUCUUUGAUCCAGGGACAGACCCCCCCCCCCCCCCCCCCAGUAUAUGUGCAUUGUAUACUGGGGGGUAUCAUUCCUCUGUAUUAGCAUUUCUUUCAGUGAGUAAUGGUCUUCCCCAGUCUGAGUAAAUCAGUUGGGACAGCACUGUAUUGGGUGAGUCUUCUAGGUUAUUCCACUAUAGUAAAGAAUACAGUUAUAAAAGUACACAUAUAAAAGGGUUCAAGAAGUAAAGUGUUUCAGAUUUAGACACUUGGCGAGGAGUCUAAAGCAUUUUUUUUCUAGACUAAAAUUACUUAAAGAUAAAAGGCAAAAAAGCUAAAAUUUAACUAAAGCUAAUAUGCUCAAAGAUUCAGACUAAAUCUAAAAAGGGCUGUCUAAAUUAACGCUGUUGUGAAAUGUAUACUGCUUUAUUAGGUCCCCAAUCGACAUUGGGCUGCAUCUUUUAACUGCGUGACAGCCAUAAAGGCAUUAUUGACAUCAGGCAGGACAGAGAGUCAGAGGGUAAUAUCCAGCAGUGGCUUUUAACUGAGCUGAUGACUACAAUUGACAGUCCUUUACUGAUGAACUGGGUGGGUGAAGAGCACUAAAUCAGUAUGUGCUUUUGAACACAGCCUGUGGAUCUCCUCUACCCUCUGUGGCAGAGCCUAUCAUUACCUUUAGCAUCAUGACCGGUUUGAGCAGUCUCUUAAUUGUAGACAACAGGUAAAUAUGUGUCAUUAAAGCAGCAGGUAAGAUCAUAGUUAUUAAACUGCCUGAUGUGUCUCACACCCUCUGAAAGGGAAAAACACCAAAAUAUUGUUAGGUUUAACCUGGCUGAAAAACAUGUUAAACACAAAUAAUGUUUGGUGAGACUCCGUCAGUGUUAAACCUGCUUCACUGGCAUCAAAAGCCUUGUAGUUGAGAAUAAUAAACUGAUUGUAUGCUCCCACUUCCCACAUUUUAACAAAGAGAAGCCAAAAUACCACCUCAGCAGGUAAUGUAAUUGUAUAUUGCACUUAGUUAGAGCUAGACUUCUCCAAAAACACUACUCUUGCACAGAAUCUAUCAUGACAAGAACUGUGACAGAAAAGCUGUCAAAGAAAGAGGAUAUUUAAGGUGCAUUUUAACUCCUUAGCUUGGCCCAUGUGACAUCGAUCUUGAUGGAGAAGGCUGGCUUUAUGAUGUAUUUUGCAGGCAGUCACCAGAGAGUGUUUUUGCUUCACUUUGAGGAAAUGCUGUGUAGCCAAUGAUUUUACACAGUCUGAAGUAAAGGAAAAUACUACAUUGUCAACUCCCCCACAGUUCUCAGUCGGUCAGCUUGUUGUCCAGUCACUGUCACACCAUCAUUUGAUACAUUGUUAUCAUAAAAGAUUGAUUCUAGAUGUUCUGAAUUUAGGAUCUUUCUGCAGCACUCAACGGCUUACUCCUGUGUUGGCACUUGAUUGAAUAAAUGGGUAGAGCGAUAAAAAUACACUCUUGUAUUCAAGACUGGUCCUUGCUGGAAUGUAAUUUUGUGCUGUAGCCCAGCACUUUGAACAAUCCACCUCAUAGAUUAUCAAUACUGCAGUGCAGGCCUGGAAAUAUUCAGAUCAGCCCUGCACUUCCUGUGCUCCUCGCCUCUAUGCGUCAGCUAAAGCAAACUCACGUCAACCAACCAUUUGUUCCUCCUUCACUCCUUCCCUCUGCAGCCUCGUCCUCAUCCCCUCGUGCUGCCUCAGACCUAGAACAGGCCCGACCUCAGACCAGUGGGGAGGAAGAGCUGCAGCUCCAGCUGGCUUUAGCCAUGAGCAGGGAGGAGAGUCAGAAGGUACAAAAUCACACACAUGUGAACGCAACACAAGCACACACACGUACACACUGAUAAUACACUCUCCUACUCUGAACUCGAGCCACAUGUCUCAUUGCCUCUUGAUGAUUCCAAUAAUGAAAAUUUUGUUGAAAACACUUUGAACAUUCGCCCACCUUCUUCUAGCGAGUCGUUCCUCUCCCUGUAACCAUAGAGAUGGUUGGUGAUGUCAUGUGGCAGAGUUUUAACAAAGGGGUCUGUCACGUGUCAAACAAAAACAGGAUGACCCGUGUGCAGAACUCAAAAUGUUUUAUGAAACAAAAGACCAAACUUGAAAGUCCAACUAAAACUUAUUUUGAAAAUGUCCAACCAAGAAAUCCAAAUCUGAUAAAUGAAAAACACUAGGAACGUGAAAUCCAAUGAAACAAAGGGGCACUGGGAAACCAGGAGGACACGAGGUAGGGUUAGUGUAGAGUUGACAAGGCAUGGCCAGCAUGGACACUGACCCAACAAAGAAGGAGGGGAAGACAGGGACUAUAUAAACACAAUGAGAAAUGAGCAGCAGGUGAGACAGACAUGUGGGACUUGUGAGUGCUCAACAAAGGAGGGCAAACUAAGGAAGUAAAACCAGACUUGAUGCACAAGAAUACAAAAGGAAACACUGAAAACUGAACAAAGAAGCAGAAUAGUGAAAAACACAAGAACUGCUGAAACAGAAGAAUAAUCAACACAGGGAAACAGGAAAAACAGGGAACAGAAACAUGAGAAAACUAACAUCUCUGCGCUGACAUCUUUAUGAAAAUCCUUCCCUUUGUCAAUAAAAUAACUUCCUGCUUUACUUUUUGCUGCUGCACUUCUUCUUAAGGCCUCUGCUGUUUCCGGUGUUCACUUUCCCUGUUUCCUUCAAUCAAAGCUUUUGGCAAACAGUUUUAACAUUCGCAUCAACAUGUACUCGUUACAUCAUGCUUUUUAUGAACAGAUAUAAACAGAUAAACAGAUUGCAACAGGUAAAAGCAUACACAACACUGUCUUUUAUACCUCCUAAAAACACUUCACAGAACUUCCUGGACAGCUCCAUUCAAAUAAAAUGUACCAUCAACUCACUUUUGAAAAAGUUAUUGAAGAUCAGUAUACCUUGCUUCAAUCUUGAUCAGUUUGUCAUCAUGCAUCUUAUGGUUACAAUGAGGGCUAAUAUGAUAUAUUUUUCUUAAUGCAUUAUUUUUCAAAUAUUUGUAGUGAUUUAAUCACACAUUUAACAGUGUGUUUAAAAGCUUAAUUUGAAAACUGUUCAAAGGUUUCUGUUAACACUGAAAUUUAAAUACCAACUCUAUGAAGUGUCUUGACUUUGGAAUCAAAUGCAGUGUAACAAAUGCAACAAAAUGUACUUGAUAAUCUUGACUUUUAAGUCAUUACUCAAAUAAAUGCUGCUCUGGUACACCAGUGUGGUCUGAAAUCAUGGCCUUAAGGAAGAAGAGACAGCGUCACUGUGAUUCAUCCAUAAUAGUACUUUGCUGGCUUUUAUGUUGUGGUUGUCCAUUUACAUCACUCUUAUCGGCUGCACCUGCUGUAUACCUAGCUUGAGCUCAGAGUACUUCGAAGAUGUUAUAACCCUCCUCCUGUGGUUUUAAAUGCAUAAAAGAACCACAUAAAAUUGUUGUUUUUUUUUGCGUUAAGACUUUUUGACUUUGUCAUGAACCUCUAUUUCAGCAAAAUAAAAAAAUAUGUUGACUAAACUAUAAAAUGCUCUGGUUAAAAUUAUGAGUCCUGUCUUGAUAAGGGCUGCUGUCGACUUGGUUAGAUCACAAAGCAAUAAUUAGAGCCAGAACUGAAUCAUAAGUGCACUGUCAAGCAACAUACUGAUAGCCAGAUCCUCUCCCUAUCAUUCAGUAUAGAUGUCUGUGUGAGGGGUACACUGACAAAUCAAGGGCAAGAGGCCCACAACAAAACAUAUUUGAAGCAAUAUUUUCAUGGAUAAUGAAGCCUAACAAAGUAACCUAGAGAUAAGAACCAAAUUGGAUGGUAAAUAAUUGUUUUAGUGUAAUUUGCAGCUGAUUUAAGACAGGGGUCGAAACUGAAGUUUCUUAAGGGGAAACUUUCCAUCAUGGCAGCAGCAAAAGGCAGGAAGACGCUUAUCUAGAGUGUAUCAAAGGGAACGAAAUAGCAUGUUUGUGAAUAUAAUAUAAGUUAAUUUUGUACCUUAGUAGGAUUAACUCAACCAUGCUCACAACUUGAGUUACUGUAUGAGAGUUGUACUUGCCUCACUUUCUCUGAAAUGGCUGAAAAUAUCCAAGAAAAAGCUGCAUACCCGACAUUUUCUGUAAGUGUUAUCGGAGGAUAUUGGUUCAGCUGUUUGGUAGGUGAUAGGUGCAUUAUUAUUAUUAUUAUUAUAUAUUUUUUUCAGGUCAGGUCACACUAAUGACAAAGAGGUCUCAAAAAAAUGUGUAUUGAAUCGGAUACCAUUGGCCUUAUAAGGAUACCUUGAAUUGGGUUUUGACUCGACAAAACAAAGGGUUGCGUACCUUGAUGAACAGUUUCUGUUAUUGUGAAUAUCUUACAGGUUUUUAAUAACAGUGAGAUUAAACGUUUAACCAGGAGCAGCAUUAUGAAAAAAUGUCUGAAAUACAAUUACUGAUGAGAGUGUGUUUUGAUGAAAUGUUAUUAAGCAGUUUGCCAAACAAAGUUCCACUUUUAAUCUUUCUUCACCUUUGAAGCAAAUUCAAAACUUCCUUGCUCUAAAUCUCCCUCUGCUUUGUGUAGGCAAAGUAUUUCAGCAGCACAAAAGGAACCACUGAUUUCCCCUUUGUUUAAGCCCAAACCAAACUACUUCAGUGUAAACAGGAGUGUUUUUGACUGUGUGCGUGCGUGCGUGCGUGCGUGUGUGCGUGCGUGCGCCCACCCUCAUGGCUGCAAUGUUGAUGAUGUCACAAUGCCGCCCCUGCAGGAGCAAUGCUGUCGCCAAGGAGACGAUUCACUGUUACAGAAGGCCCUGGAUGAGAGCAGGAGAGAGAGCCAGUCGAGGACACAAGAGGUGAGUUUAAAAACGUGUGUGUGUGCUGUACAGUGUGUGUGUGUGUGUGUGUGUGUGUGUGUGUGGGUGCAUGCAUGCUAGAAGAGUGUGUGUUUGCAUUGAGAGGUGGGCGGGUGUAUUCGUAGGUGGUAGCUGGCAGACAUUUGGAGAAUAAAGUGGAGUUUGUAGAGCAGGCAGGGAGAAAAGGGACAGAGACAAAGCUAAAAGACUUGGAUGAAAACGGUGAGGGAAGGUUUAAGAGGGGAACACUCGAGGGUCUUAGAGAGAGAGAGAGGAGUCUGCUGAAUGAUAAUGACUUAGUCUCCGCUAACCUUGAGCUCAGCAUGACAUUUUCCUGAAAGCAUACUUCAUAUCUCAUCGCGCACUGUCUCCUUUACUCAUUGGCCUGCAAAAGAGCCAAUCAGAGACAGUGGCUGGCUUAUGUAAAGGUUACAACUACACCUUGUAAUUGGGUUUCUUAUUAGUGAAAUCUUAGUGCUUUUGGUGUUCAAUCAAAACAAUAUAUUAACAAAAAAUAAAAAGCAGAGGUGAGGAAAUGUUGUAAGCCUUCCACCUCUUAAGCAGCAUUUACACUUGUACCCAACUUCUAAAAACUGCAUCGAAUUUUAGUAUUUGGCUGCAGUUGUAAAUGCAAACAGCUAAACUUUUAAAUCCUUUAUGGGGAAUCUGUCCUCCAAGCCCCCCUGGGGUGGUUAACUUUCUAUGCAAUGGUGAGGUGAGAUGACAUUACAACACAGCAGAAAGAAAACUGACAAAACUCUGACAUUUUGGAAACACGAUAAGCAGAUGAGGUCAUAUUUUGUCAGUUUGUGGUUUCAGAGUCAUCAGUGGAAUAGUGAGCAUAAACAGCUACAUUGUGGAUGUUGUCUCAAAAUAUAAAAAUUUCACACCGUCUACUAGAGCUUUCACCUUUCAGUGGAGAAAUAAGCUGCGACUGUCCUUCACAGCCAAAAAGGAUUCAACUUUUUUACUUCCGAUAUGACACUGAUAUUGUGCCUUCAGUACUGAUAUUGAUCCAAUAUUGGCACAAACUUGUGCAUGACAAGUUUUGCACUCUGCUGCAAUGUCUUUUUCAGACUUGAAAAAUACUGCUACAUAGCCGACAUCUCUCCUACUCCUUGCUACUUUAUUAUUACCUUAGUACACACUGUAGCUGUGAUCAUGUGGGCUUUUUUUGCUGAUAUUGGACCGAUAUCCAAUAUCAAUAUUGGAUCAGGACAUCCCUGCAGAAAACACUUUUGAAAGGGGAAUUUGCAAAAACUAAGUCUGGCCAGUAUUCCAACAUAGUCUUUAUAAUGGUUGUAGAGCCUGACGUCAGGUUUAGACCAAUAUCCAUGUAUCUUGUUUUUUGUAACUUGACCCAGGUUUAGGGUGGACAUGAAAUCCAGGUGGCUUUCCUGAUCACAGAUCAGCAUUGCAAAGUAAUAUCAUUGUAUUCAUUAUUAGUGAGAAAAACAAAAGGGUUUAUUCUUUUGGGUUGGAUGUCAGUGUUUUGUGUAAUUGUUGUCUUUUGUGCAGGGUUUAUUUGAGUUAAACAGUUAACAGAGUUUUGUAACAGCCUGCGCUGCAGUUAACUAAUUCGGGAACUUAACUUUGUUAAAAACUUAUGUGGUAUUUACAUUUACACAACAUGAAAACAUUUGGAAAAUCCAAUGUUGACUUUAAAUACUUUACAUCCCCCACAUGUUUAAGGACUGACCAAAAAGUGUAACUUACAAGACAUAUAAAGGGCCCCAGCUGUUAGUGAUAUAGGUUUCCCUAGAGGUGCUGUAGACUGACGUAAUUGGAUGAAACAACAUAUUUUUAGUCAACCAGUCUUUCCCUGUUGUGUGUAUGAAGAAAAUGUUGUUUUGUAUUAUUACUUGGAUUUCUUUUGUUUUAUCAGUCAUGUAAUCAGUCAGGAUUAAACUAUAUUUUUCCAAGGCCUUCUUUUCCUAAUAAUAUUUAAAAAAUCAAUUUCAUCGUGAAAACACUUUAAGGGCAUUUCCCUUUAACCUUCCACCUCCAUAUUUUUUAGAUCAGAGUAAAAAAUACCUUGGGAAAAAUACUGUCAUAAUUAUAAAUUUAGUUUAUCAGUAAAUUUGUGUACAAAAAAGGUACCCCAGAUCCUUAGUAGACCACACAGAGGAAAUUCUAAAUACCCUUACAGGGUUAAGUACAAAACUUAAGAGUGGUGGUUAAAGGCUGAUGAGUCACCAGCAGAGAAAAGGAGUUUCGAAGUAGGAAAACUAGAAAGUGGUAAGGAAAUUCAUAACUUCUGUGGUGCUGAGAGAAGGAGACAUCAUCAAAAUUGAAGAUAACAGACCCAAGACAAACUAAUUGAAAUGUUGAGCAUGUUGACAGGACUUUUACUGAAACAUAUUUUACUCUCUCUUUAGUCAGCCAUGUUGGAUCUGGUGGAUAUAUUUGGCCCCUCAUCUGAGGCCAAACCUACCCCAAGGGACCCUUGGAACAGUGCCCAGCCCACCUGUGAUGUCACCUCUGACCCCUGGGAGUCUGUAGGUGGGUAGAUUAUCACAUUCACAUCCACACAUCUAUACCUAGGGAAUAAAAAGCUCAACCUGCUGUACCAUGCCUUUGUGAGCGCCUGUCAGCUUGUGUUUUAUUUCAUAUAUCAAGUGUGUGUUUUCAUCUGUCUUUUUCACAGCCGUCCAGUCCAGCACUCCUGUAGUUGGCAGUCCUUGGGCAGCACCACCCUCAUCUUCAGCAGCAUCCAAUCCAUGGGCUCCAUGCCCAAACUCACACACAGACCCCUGGGAAGCAGCACCUGUUUCCCCAAGUCCUGUCAACCAUGCAUGGGAGAGCCCAACAGAUGGAGGUAUCUGCCAAAAACAUCUCCCUCAUCAAUACACGUGUUGUUUUUAAUGUUUCCAAAAGCACUCUGCUUGAGACCAAAUGGAUUUCUGUCUGACAUGCAGAAGAGGAUGGGACGGAUCCUUUUGAUGGACAGGAGGAGGAGAAGCCUAAACCAGGGGUUCCCCAGGUAUCCUCUCCUCAACCUGCAAGCCCUACAGGUAAUGCAAACCAGUACAACCAGAUGCGUUGCACCAUAAUGUUAGACAGAAGUCUCCUUCAUGAAGAGGAAACUUUUUUUUCCACCAGGACAAGCCUAUACUUUAUUUACACAGAAAGGCAGGACCCACUUUAACCGACUGUGGUGUUUCUGUAAGUCACAUCAGCAUGUGGGGCAAUUGCUGAAGAAAAAUAAUUGAAGUGAAUUGAUUAAAGCUAAAUCAAAUGUAAUUACACUGAAUAAAAUAGAAGUGAGUAGAGUAGAGUUGAAUAUAAUAGAGUUAAACUGAAAAGAAUGAAUUUAAAUAAAUAGAAUUGAAUAAUGUAAAGUUAUACUAAAUAGAAUAAUGUUUGAUAAUCUAGAGUAAAAUGGAAUCGAUUUAAAUUUAAUACAGUUAUAUUGAGUAGAAAAGAAUUGAAUACAAUUCAUUAUUUGAAAAUAGAAAAAAAGUAGGACUGAAAAAAAUACAGUUAAAUAGGAUAGUAUAAAGUCUUUUUAAAAUAGGAUAAAGUAGAAUGGUAAAGAAAGUUUGCAAAAAAUCUGAAAUCUGUUCAGGCUUAACGAGAAAAAAGAAAAAGAUUAUAGAAAACAAUAAUGUAGAUCAAAAACUCAAAAUUCAAGCAGGAGAUGAAGAGUGUUCAAAGUUCUUGGCAUUUUUAGUGAACAGGUAACAGUAAAAAGUGAGAGAGCCUGAAGUGAUUGACAUCACCACAAUCAAUAAAGGUCAUUGAUAAAUCAUCGAUGAAGACAAAGAAUGUAUAAACACUGCUCCGUUAGAGUUGAAAGACCUUAUAAACCCUCAGUUACUCUUGUAUGGGUGGAGCUGGGGCCUCAUUACUUAGCUUUUUACACAGAGGUAGUAUUAGGUAGUAUUUUCAUGAUACAGAGGGCUUAGAGGCACAAGCUUUUUUCCCAUAUGUAAUGAAAACGCUCUCACAGGCUACAAUAUAAGGGGCAAGAAGUGUAUCUGAUGACUCUUCCCACUUGUGUCAUGGAAACACUAAAUAAUGUUGGAGGAAAUUUGAUUUUGGAAGACACCAAAGCUGCGGUUAAGCUUGUGGUACGCAGUAAGAUGCUGGUUUGUCCAAAGUAAACCAAAUCAUUAUGCACCAGCCAUUUUAUGUCAAGUUUUCCUUUCAUGCUUUCUUUUGCAGGGUACUUUCCAUUUAUUUUUGUUGGAAGUUUUUAUUGAUAAACUUCUGUCUUGCAGAGGCAGAGCUCUUUGGGUCAAAGGCCAACUCUGAUCCGUUUGUUGAAGGGGAGUCAAUGCCAGAUCCCUUUGGGGCCGACACUCUGGUGAAACCUCUAGUAAAUGGACGAGAGUCCUCCAGCCCAGAGAUGUUCGACCUAUCCCGACUAGCUCCGCCUCUCAGCGCCCCACCUGCACGUGUGUGUCGGACCCCAGAGGCUUUUCUUGGCCCUACAGGGGCCUCACUGGUCAACCUGGAUGCUCUGAUACCCUCAAACCUCCCCACUAAGACGCACAACAACCCCUUCCUCUCAGGUAAAGAGGAACUUUUUGAUACCAUUGAUGUUUGUCAAGAGGUCUUUUUCUCACAGAAGUCUGUCUUUUUAGGUUUGAGUGCUCCGUCUCCCACCAAUCCAUUCCACUGUGACCAGCCUCGCCUCACCCUCAACCAAAUGCGACCACACUCCACGUCCCCACUGCCCCCACACAUGCUCUCCUACAGCCCGUCUCUGCCCCUUCCUCUGCACCACCACCCGCCUGUCCUCCCUUCAUCCUUUACGCAACCUCCUGCUGGACUCCUGGACCUUCCCUCCAACCUCCCACAGCCUCUCCUCCCCCUCUCUCCUCGCCCAGCACCUCGCACUCAGUCGCAGACACACACACACAGCCACAACCCCUUCCUCUGAGAGCCCUGUGUCUUUCCAGAGUGAGACCACAGUAUGGACUCCUUUUUUGUUUUGGGGAUCAAAUUAUUUGACUUACAAUGAGAUUUAUGAAAAUAAGCCUGAACCGAACUAAAGAUUGUGUUCUGAUGUCAUUGUGCACACUUGAAGCGGAUCAAACUUGGACUGGAUGUAUUUGUGUCUGUCUGAAGACACAUCAGCUGCUAUAUUUACCUGAACUUUUGAAGCAAAGCUAAUUCACAAACACACAAACACACACAUAUACACUCAGGCGCACAUGGACACAAACACGCACACACCACCAAAGGAACAGGGUGUAUCUCAACAAUCCCUUGAUGCCUUUUCCCACCAACAGUGAUGACUCCGAGCACCCUCUGACCACACACAGGACUGUUCCUUUAAGGAUGAAUCCACAAACAAAGAUUGUCCACCAUCAGGAUCCUUACCGCUGCUGCUUCACCGACAAAAGCAUGAAUGCAUCCCACCCCUGAGAAACCAGACUAGUCUUUCCUGCCAAGCACCUGGACAAGUUCUUCAAAUUAAUCCUGUUCGUGAAUGAGUCAAGUAGUUUCUUGGGCUUUAUUGGCACAAGUGGGGCAGAGGAGGUGGUCUAAAAUUUCAGAUUUACAAAAGCAUUAAAGGGAUAAUUCCCAUCUUUUUUCAGGAAGAGUGGUAUGAGGUAUUUGUCCAAAGGAAGAGUAUGUCAGUCAGCUUGGCUAGAUAUUGCGAAACUAGCAUUGAGAACCAGCUGUCAGAAUCAGUCAUUGUCCACUUUGAUUGUUGUUUUAUUUUUGUCUCUUUAUAGCCCAUGGACUAUAAACAGCUUAUCUGUCUGCUGCAGGCAGAGGGAAAUGUGUGUUUGUCUUUGAAUCAUAGACUGUAUAUAAAAUGGACAGAGUCUGCCUCGUCGCUGGGUGAAGCCACUUCGAGAACAGCACCCUCUGGUGAUGGGCUGCAGUAUAGGUCAUAAAUCCUGCCCCCAGCAAACUUAAUGGAGCUGUGGACAAACUUUAGAAGUUUAUAACACGGAAUAUAAAAUUUUCUCCCCCCUGUUUGCAAUGUUGACAUGUAGUUAUUGUAAGACUAGUUUGUGCUCAAGUCCUCUUUUUUUCUGUGCAGCUCCAUUUUUAAAUGUUAUUGGGGGUUCAUGUUUUCUAUGAUUGACACUUGAUACAGCCUAUUGGCGUGCGAAGAUUGCGUAGCUCACCCAGAGGAUACGCUGUUUGAGUGUCAUCACAGCGACUCUCCCGCCGAAUGCGUACAAUGCUACUGUGCAAGUGGUGGAGUGCGUACAACGCUACUGCGCAAUGUUGGUUUCAGGAAAUGGAGAGAAAACACAGAGAUACCGAGAAGUUUUUUUGGCUUCAAAUCCGUAUACUGGCGGAAGGCGGAACCAAGUUGUCCAUAGUAAAUACAGUCUAUGUUUUUAAUUGUUUUCUGACGGAAAGCUGAGCCGCUUAUAUGAAUUGGGAUUUCUUUAAAUGGUAACACUUUAUAUCAAGGUCCUUGUAAUAAGCAUUCAUUAAUAAGCCUCUUUCAGACCUCAUAAGAUUGUUUAAACAUUCAUAAGCCCCAAUAGGUGUUUAUAAAAGCAUAAUUAACACAUUUAUUAUUGCUUAUACGACCUUUUAUAGGCUCUUAUUAGAAACCUGAACAGUUUAUGAACCUGUCAUAAACAUCUAUAGAGUGUUUAUUAACAUUAAUAAGAUUUUAUAAGGGUUUGUUAAAGAAAACUAAACACAACGAUAAUUAGCUUGCAACACACUUGCAGGGCACUUAUACCAAUGACUGUACAGCUUUUAAAACUUAACAUGUUUAUUUACAUUCAUGUCACUGUACAAGCUUUUAUUCAAACUAUACCUCACGUUCAUCAUUGCUUAUAAACUCCCCUGUAAGUUCUCACUACAAUCUUGCUAACGCUUUAAAGACCACUUAUCAACUUUAAUAAGAUUUUAUAAACAUUGUAUCUUAAUGAUGUUUUAUGAAGGGUUUAUGAACUGCUGACAAAAGCCUGUAGUUAUCUUUUAUGAUAUAAUAAACGUAUUAAUUAUGACUGUAAAAAGUUAUUGGCAUUUGUAAAUGUUUAUAAGCAUCCUUACAAGAUCUCAUACGUGGCUUCCUAACUAUUGAUUUAUACAAGGACCUUAUAUUAAGUGUUAGCCUUUAAAUUUAAUAAAUUUGGCUAAAACUGUCCAUUACCCAGUACAGGUUACAACAACGUAUCUAUUAGUUAUCUGCUUUAACCACUAAUCUGAACUGUAGGUCAUAGCUAGCAGUCAAACAGUCAGGAGUGGAUAUUAAAGGGGAGUUGGCUGGCCUUGGCUCUCCUGUGUUUUGUUUAGAAAAGCCACUCUUUGGAGAAUGGUGUGACGUCACAGUAAAAUCAUGAGCUGUUUGAGUUAAAGAGUACAAUUUUCUUUGUGAGCUACAAUCACAACAACUUGCCAACCGGUCAAUUAAUAUUGUGAAAAACUUGGUGACUCAUAAAAAUGACUAGUUAUGAAACCUUCUGGCCUAGCUGCAGAGCCAGUUUUAAGUUCUUAAACUGGUGUCUCAGAUACAGGUCUGACUGGCAUCUUUGGUCUGUUAGAGUAUUUCAAGUCAUUAAAUUACACUGAGGCUUCAUUCUGGGUGAAUUUUGCAGCUUGAGCCUGAAAAAAACAGCAUCAUGAGGAAGAUGUAUAAAAGUAAAUGAUAAAUUCUUGGUGCUCUGUCUUUAAGAUGGGAAGACAAAAACUUUAUAAGGCUGUUUGCUGAACAGAGAUCAUUGCAGGCAGUUGGAAAGUCUAACCACUGAUGGGCUUUUACAACACUGGCAGGCAUAUAGCCUGUAGCUCAAGUUGAAAUGGUUGAUGUAUUUCCACAGGAUCCGUAUUUUUUUCCCCUACAUUCACCAAAGCUUGCAGAUUGGUUGAAACUACUCAACUACAAACAAAUUGCCUAUACUGAACAUCCAGACCCGUGAGUACAGAUUGUACAUUUAUAUGUAGAAUCCAUAAAUAGAGAUUAUCUGGAAGUGAAAUGCUUGAUUUUGACGAGUACCUCAUACCACUGCACUUGAAAAAGCUCCUCGGAGCUCUGCCCAACAACUAAUUGACUCAGGAAUUCUCACUGAAAUAAAUGCUAAAAUAUCUGAUUGCCUUGUUUCCUUGCAAGCUGAAAAGCACCUGAUCCCAAGCUAGUUGGUUUUUGUUCCCUAAGCAGCCCCAGCAGAGUCCGUGUUGUUUCAAAACUGGACCUGGAGAGUUUAACAUCACAUUCUGGACCUACACUGAUCACUGAUUGUUCCCUACCUGACCCUCGUGCCUGUCUCCACUGCUGACCCACAUUUCCCACUGGUUCAUAUUGGCGCCAUGGAGGAGGACCUCAGGGAAGGCCACUCUGUCCCUCCUUCAGUGAGGUUGAAUGGAAGGGAGUUUGUCAGUGAGAUUGAUGACUUUACUGAGGUUAGCAAUUAUUAAGGAGGGUGAUUAGAAUGAUUAUUAAACAAAGACAAAUACUUUCAAAUGAUAAAUUAACCUCAGCUCUAAAUUUGCUCGUAUGCUGGGAUGAAGAAAACCCAACAGGACAAAUGAUUUGGUCAUCACUGCACUGACCCUCGACCUGAAUGUGAAAUGCCUGCCCAUAGAUACACACAGGCUUAGUACAUAUGUAUUUAACAGAAUGAUACCUAUAAAAUAAUAUGAGAUAUUAUACCAAUAAAUGUUUGCAUUAUA